UGGCGCGUGCGCGAGCGAGCCCGUGUUCUCGUGUCUUGUUUUCUUCCAUUCUUCGUUUUGAAAGUGCGUUCACUUUUUUUAAAAAUUUAAAGUUACAUCUAUUCGCUAGAUCGCACACAAAGUUACUGUUUUACAAGAACGAUAGAAAGUGGUCUUCACAGGCAGUUGAAGUUGAAGACCAAUGCCUGAAAUGGAUGUUAGUUGCGAAGAAUAGCACAGCGCUCGCGUUGAAGAGAUCGAAUAUUGGUGGCCUCGGCCGCGGUCUCGCGCUGGCCACAGUGACACCUGGAGGAGAACUAACUUGUUAGCUUGUUAGCUCGCGGGCUGCCCGCCCUGCUGCUUCUUCUAGGACGAUUUUUAACACGAAGCGAAGCCGAUAAAGUUGCGGAGAGGAGAAGGAAAAACCCUCGUUCUUGUGUGGUGUACAAUGUUGUCGAACGCGCAAAACCAACCGCAGCAGCAGCCGCCGCAGAGCGUCCCGAAUCCGGUGCAGUUGCUGCCGUUUCAUGUCAGAGCCACUUUACAGAUCAAGAAGAACGCCAUCACCGACGACUACAAGGUCACAAGCCAGGUCCUUGGCUUGGGCAUCAAUGGCAAGGUUUUGGAAAUAUUUCAGAAGAAAGACGGAGAGAAGUUCGCACUGAAGAUGCUGCAGGAUUGCCCGAAGGCCCGGCGGGAGGUUGAGCUGCACUGGCGGGCAUCACCCUGCCCGCACAUUGUGCGUAUUGUGGAUGUCUACGAGAACCUCUACCAGAGCAGAAAGUGCCUUCUCAUUGUCAUGGAAUGCAUGGAUGGUGGUGAGCUUUUCAGUCGUAUUCAAGACCGAGGGGACCAGGCCUUCACUGAAAGGGAGGCCUCAGACAUUAUGAGGAGCAUAGGGGAGGCCAUCCAGUUUUUGCAUGCUAUCAAUAUAGCACACAGAGAUGUGAAGCCAGAGAACCUGUUGUAUACCUCUAAAAGGCCCAACGCUGUGCUUAAACUGACGGACUUUGGGUUUGCCAAAGAGACCACUGCACACAACUCCCUCGCUACCCCAUGCUACACUCCUUACUACGUGGCUCCAGAGGUCCUUGGCCCAGAAAAGUAUGACAAGUCUUGUGACAUGUGGUCUUUGGGGGUCAUCAUGUAUAUCUUGCUUUGCGGAUACCCACCAUUUUACUCCAACCAUGGUUUGGCCAUAUCUCCUGGUAUGAAGAAGCGAAUUCGAAUGGGCCAGUACGAGUUCCCUAACCCUGAGUGGUCUGAGGUCUCAGAGGAAGCUAAGCAGAUGAUCAGGAACCUGCUGAAGACUGACCCUACCCAGAGGAUGACUAUAACAGAGUUUAUGAACCACCCCUGGAUUAAUCAGUCAAUGGAAGUGCCACAGACGCCCCUUCACACCAGCCGGGUGUUAAAAGAGGAGCAGGAUGCCUGGGAAAACGUGAAGGAGGAAAUGACCAGUGCCCUGGCGACAAUGAGGGUCGACUAUGAACAAAUUAAGAUCAAGACUAUUGAAGACUCCUCCAAUCCUCUGCUUAUGAAAAGGAGAAAGAAGGCUAACAGCACAGCAGCAGACACAGAACCUCCUGGCCUCUGAAGAGUGAUAGGAACACAUAUAAACAAGAAAAGGAAGCAAUAACAUUCAGCCUAAUGGAAACAAAAUAGUGAAAGGAGGUUAUAAAGCAUAUGUAAUGUCAUAAAACCUAUUAAAUAAUGGCAGUAUUUUCAUUGUUUUAUUUUUUUAGCAGUGUUUCUUUUACUACUCAGUCUUUUUAACUAAUCAACCUCUCUCAUGUGGCAGAAAGAGGGUAUGUGAGGAAUUUUAGGGAAAACCAAGAGAUUAUGAAGAGAAAUUGAAGGUAUAGGGAGUCCUAAAGAAAAUAGUUUUGAUAACACAAGUCUUGUUAAUAUUUCUAUUUUCAUAGCUUAUGGGUUAUCAGUCCAGGGCAUGGAAUGGUGUUUAUUACCAGUUAUGUCUAUGAAGAAACCAUGCUUAAUUUUUUAAAAUUUUUUUUUGCCAUGCUAACAUGGUUCUAAUAUUAUUAAAUUCAGUGGGGUAGAUUCAUAAUCAGCAAAUUGUAUGAGCGAAUUUAGGCCUUGAGGUUGUUUUAUGAGCAGUAGAAUUAUGGUUGUGGCCUAGAUGGUGUAAAAUCUAGCUUAGUUUAUCAUUUUGUGGAGUAUUACAUGUUUUUGAAUCUACUCAAUCUGGAAGGCUUAAUUUUAAAUGAAAUGACACUGAUGCCAAGAAUUGAAAAUUGACCGUUUUUAAAUGGGUAUAAAACAAGUUGCUGAAUGUAGAAACAAGCUCUUUUUACUAGCAGUGUGCUAGAGUAUGUUUCAGACAGUAAUGGCCUUGAGGCCCUCAUGGUGUCAGGAUGGAGCUUCUGAGCAUGUGGAUGUUAGCCACAGUGGACUGACUGCCUAUGUGGGGUGACCUGCCUUGAUGACAUUGGCUGUGCUCACCAUUUAAUACCAAAAGUAUAGAUGUUCUCUAGGCUGCUACUUUAAGAUCAUAAAUACCUUGAGGGGUCAGAAAUCGACCCUUUUGAACUGUACGUACCGAACUGUAUUCAUUCUAUACUUGGAUCUUAUGGCGUACACCUUCUUCAUAUAUUGAAUUAUUUUUUUCAAUGAUUGUAUGUAGGCUCUUUUUACAAAUUGGUCUUUGAAAUAAAUGGAUUUCAGCAGUAGAAUAACAGCUGAAACUCCACAUUCUGCCCUCUUUCUCCAACCAAUCCAAGCAAUAAGGGCAUAUUCCCGAUGUGCAAAAUAUUAUGUCUGCUGCAUUGUUGUUCUGAGAGGCUCUCCCUUCGGUCCUGUGGAAAUAUACCUGUCUACCUGUUCUGAGGAAUACUGGCCAGAUGGGAAAUAAAUUCUUUGUUGUUUACGUAUGUCCUGAGUUCAGGGUGUAUAGUGCUACUGGCUUUUUGUCUUUUACGUUUGUUUGUUUUCUUGAUUUAUUUUUUUUCACUGAUUCAGGUAAUUGACAGCCCCCCCUCCCCCAGGGGAUGGGAGGAAGCGGGUAUGUGUUGACUCGGAAAGCCUGAACACACAGAGGAAACAAGUGGCUUGGCAUUCCGCCAUAAACAAAUUUAUUUUGGUCUGCUUCACCUUGCACCCAGAAAUAGAAUUGUUUUGUUUUGUUUGCUGGUUUGCUUUUGUUCUGGAUUGGAUUUGAUUUUUAUUUCUGUUUGUAUAAAUGUUGUAUACCCUACAUGUUUUUUGUCAGUGUGUUUAUUGCUUACCCUUUUCCCCCUUUGGUUACAAUUUUUAUUUUUAUCUUUUUUUUCCCCCCUCUGCCUCAGAAUUAUGGAUUGGAUAAAUUGUUCAACUACUAAUGUCCAGGACUGCUUACUUUUUGAUUAAAACUUGGGGAGAAAAUCUUUAA